CCCCGCCGGCCCGGGAGCGCCAAGCGGGGUGAAGCCAAUGGACAAGGAAGAGGAAAAAGCUGCCAGUGAGGAAAAAGAUCACAUCCCCCCAGAAAAUGAGAGAAGCGGUACAGAGGAAUGUCUUCCAGGGGCCAAGGAAACAGAGAAAGAAACCAAGCAUGUCAUCAAAAAUAUCCCGUGGACCACAUCCAAGAACUUCACAGUGGAGAGAGGACGGCAGCAAAUUGAAGAACUAAUUUCUACAUGGGACAUUCAUGAAAGCUGGCUUCACCACUCAGAAUUUCUCGAGGAAGAAGAACUGAAGGACAGCAAGAGGUACCACUACAGAACUUGCUGGGGCCUCCCAACACGCAGAAAACCCCUCCCACGAGCAACAGCGAAUGUCUACUUCGUUAUAGUGAUCUCCAAAUUCAAACCUGAUACUGCACCUGUGGAUGUCUUCUACAGACUGGAGUCCAGCAGGCUGAUUCGGAGGCCAGAACAGUGUCAGUUUAGAGAAAAGUGGCUUCAGGACAUAAUUGAAAAUAAAAUAGUGUGCACAGAAAGACUUGCUUCCCGAUGAACAGCUCCAAUUCACCAUUACCAAUACUCUGUUGUGGAAAACCAAAUAAACACAAUGAAGAAA